AUGUCGUUCCAGUUCCUAAGCCCGCCUUCUACUCCAAGGAGCCCCAAUUCUGAGGAAGACGCCGUUCCAGAGCUCGACAAAAUGAGUGACCCGCGCAUGGCCCAAUGCAAGUCCGCCGUGACGCAGAUUGAGGCUGCUCUUCGAUCACACCCGCACGCUUGGCAAAACUACCUGCAGUCGGCACGGGGCAUUGUCACGGCCGUCAGCUCCAUGCAGUCGCUGCCAAUGGGAGACUGGGCCUACUUUGUUGCGGUGCUGCAGGACCUUGGGUUUGCCGACGCAGACAAUGGCAGCGUGACGGAUGUUACCAACUGGUGCCAGACCCAGUGGCUGGCUAUGCUGGAGAAACGACCGAACAGCACCGCGGCUCUGAGAGGAUUGGGCCAGUACUGGCUUCAGCGUGCGCAGCCGUCCUUGGCCAAGAUCCACGCAGAGGAGCACGGCUCUUCUGGGAGCAGCAGAGGCAGCUUUGGAGAGCAGGUUUCCGAGGCUCGUCUGCACACGGCCAGCUAUGUCGAGGCACGAGGAGUGCUGUCGCCUGCGUCGGAUUACUUUGCACGGGCCGUACAGGCAGCGUAUGCGGAAGGCUGUGUGACGGGAGAUCUGCUCGAAAAGGCUGCAGAAGCGUAUAUGAGCCUCGGCAACGUUUCGUAUAGUCGCAAUAGUCAACAGUACUUUAGCCAGGCCCUGCAGUAUCUCCAGAUGACGUCCAGCAUACCGGGCUACCAGCUUCCGGAGCAUUUACAGCAGUAUCUGGAGGAGUACGGCCCUUUGGCUGGGUGA